AAAUUGCGGAGGCACCGGACACGGCGCUUUCCUGCGCCGACGCUCUGGUCCCAGUGGCGUCUUCUGGCAGCUCUGAGGCGCCACUUUGGCCGCUCUGGCACGCCUGGCGUUGGGUGGGCGGCAUUUCUGCGCCCACAUGAGCCACUGGUAUUAUGGCCGCAGUGUUCGCGGUCGGGGCCGGGACUUCGCUGUCCGUGCCCCACCCAAGAAGAAAGGCAGAAACCACAUCCCAGAAAGAUGGAAAGACUAUCUUCCAGUUGGACAACGGAUGCCUGGGACCCGUUUCAUUGCUUUCAAAGUUCCUUUGCAAAAGAAAUUUGAAGCGAAGCUUAUGCCAGAAGAAUGCUUUUCUCCUUUGGAUCUUUUUAAUAAAAUUCAAGAACAAAACGAAGAACUUGGAUUGAUAAUCGAUUUAACAUAUACUCAGCGCUAUUAUAAAAUAGAGGAUUUGCCAGAAACUAUUUCUUACAUAAAAAUUUUUACAGUUGGUCAUCAGGUACCUGAUAAUGACACUAUUUUUAAGUUCAAAUGUGCAGUUAAAGAAUUUUUAAAGAAAAAUAAAGACAAUGACAAACUUAUUGGUGUUCACUGCACCCAUGGCUUAAACAGGACUGGCUACCUCAUUUGCAGAUAUUUGAUUGAUGUAGAAGGCAUGAGGCCAGAUGAUGCAAUUGAAUUAUUCAACAGGUGUCGGGGGCACUGCAUAGAAAGACAGAAUUACAUUGAAAACCUGCAGAAUCAUCGUGUCAAAAAGGAAGUCUUCCGUCUUGUUAGAAACCGGAAUGUUAGUACACCUAAGUCAGGUGGUCCUGAAGACGCAGCACAUCCUAUGGCACAAGUCCAUACCACUAACAAGCCUCUGCACCAAGGACCUAGGAACAACCGGCCUGCUGGCCGUCCACCACCUUUCCGGCGUUUUCAUACCCAGACCCAGAACUUAAAGCAGCCACUCAGAAAAUUUUCACAAAGUCCGAGUGUUUUCCGGAGAGGCCUUAUCCCUCCUCCUGGUCCAGCUGGAGAGGACUACUCACAAAGAAGAUUCUUCUGGAACAUGAAGCCAAGUGCCAGUCAAGCAGCCCAGAACAAGAAGUGAGCUUCUGCCAGUUACCAGAGACACUUCUACCCAGCCUACCGGGGGUGGACCCGGUGAGACACCCUUGGCUAGACUGUUUAGGGGCCACCUGAGACCAGAGCUGAACAGAAGACAGCUGGAUGACUUUUAAUAAAAUCAGGUCAAAUGAAUUAAAAAAAAUUUAAGCAUUUUUUAGCUUUUUUAAAUCUUUGAUUACCCCUUCAUGUGUGUUAGGUUUAAAGAUGAAUUGCAUUGCUUUUUACCUGCUGAUGAAGGCACAGCGAUAGCAGCAGUCCAGAACACAGCAUUCCAGGCUUCAACUUUACUCAAAGAAUUUUCAAUAGAUAAACUAUUUUUUAAUUGUCUUUUGCUUUCCCUGUAUAUUUCCUUUGCUCAUGCUUGUAAAGUGUGUAUAGAUGCAGAGAUUCAUCAUGUUUACCAUGCUCUGUUACUGACAAUCUUAAGGAUAUCUUUUUUUCCUUGACUGUUCAAAUUUUCUACUAAAAAUCUAGCCAGGAGACAAGUUUCUUUGUGCCUAUUCUCUGUGCUUGAAGGACUCCGAUCAGCUUUCUUUCCUUGGUGGUCAUUGUUGGAAUCUGACCAGCUUCUUACUGAACUGCCAAGUGAGGCAUCUAACACAGAGGAGUGUAACAUUUUAGGGAAUGAUUGAUUGCCAACUUGGGCAAGAGAAACUAAUUGAUAAACCAGAGUUCUGGUUAAAUUAUAAUUUACCUGACGAGGCAACUGCCACCAACAGGGUAGAACUAUCCAGAAGGCUUGAAAACCUCUAGAUUUUAAAGGUUGAACAGACGGGGAAUGACCAGACGUUCUUGGCUACCUGGGAAGACUGAGGAUGGCGGCGCUGAAACUGAGGACCUGUGUUCAGGAGGAUCUCUAUCCAGUGGCCUCCCACACUGGAAUGGUGCUCUUCCUCUGGAACACACUUCAGGCUACUUGGAGGUGCUAAUUCCUUCAGCUAUAGAACUCACUCAGGAAAUUGCUCAUCAUGACACACCUCAGUCCACAGCAAGUGAUUGUUGAAUGACUGGGCGAUUUGGCUCUUAUCUUGAAAGCCUCUGCUUCUGAGAAUUGUCAAAGUGAGAGCUGAUGCUCCACGCAGUAGUUAUCUUCCUCCACAUGUGAACGUGGAGCCUCACCCUAACGGAGUCCCAGUAGCUCACCCAGCCUUGCCUGGGGCUGAUUGUCUGCACUCAAACGAUGGCUCUUAAAGUGUUUCUCUGCUCACCAUAUUUAACAGAUGCCUGCAGAAUUCUCUCCUGGAAUCCACUUUUUAGGAAAUGAGAACAGACAGUUAUGAAGCAAAAGAGGACAAGGCUGGGGCAGGUGCAGACGUGCACCUUGGCCAGGGACUUCUGUGGGGACACUGCCGGGAGACAGCCAUUGCGUGAGCUCUGCUGCCUGCCUGUUCCUCUGUCUUUGGAUUACCAACACCUUGUUAAGACCUGGUUUAUCACGGGGUACCUCAUAGCUUUUAUUCUUACACACUGGUGUGGCUUCUGUCCAUGUCAAACCAUCCAAAGGCCUAGUGGAAGGAAGCAGCAGCUUCUUUUUAACACAUUUCUAGUGGUCUGUGUAGUAUUUUUAAAUCGUAUUUUUAUUUUAGAAGCACACAUGAGUACUUUCUCAGGUAGCUUUCCUGAGAUUACCAUGAAAAGGCAUCCUCCGUGUUACCUGGUUGUCAGGUCUCAGAGGAGCCAGCUUAAAUACUCUGUCUUACUCUAUUUAUCUUCCUUCAUUGUUUAAGUACUACUCUUACAGAUCACCAUUUCUAUGUUUUCCAGUUUAUGAUAAUAUGUGAUGAUGAAUUCUUGGCAAACGAGGAUGUAGCUCUCAGCCUAUCCACCCCACAGCUGUUUGCUGAAAUUCUUGAUAGGUGUUAGUCAUCAUGAGCCAUAGUACUCCGUGGUUGUGGGUUCUUUUAUGUCUUCGCCUUCAUGUUCUUGCCUCAUUCAUUUGUCCUUUUCCCGUUGCCAUGUCACAUUCAUUCCCCCAUAGCUGAUAGUAUUAUAAACUGUCUCGGUGUAAGUGAUGUGCCCUUGUGGUUUGACUCCUUUUCUGGAGCUUCUUAAAAUGCCCUGGUUAGAUACCAGCACCAGUUGUUAGGGCUGCCGUGGUGGAGUGUCAUAGAUGGGGCAGUGUAAUCUGCAGGAAUGUUCUGUUUCUCAUAGUUGUAGAAGCUGGGAAAGACGGAGGCAGUGAGAAUAGGGUCUUGCAGAUAGUUGGUACCUCACUGUCUUCUAUGUCUUAAUACAUCUCUUUACCCCCUCAACCCCUCCCUCCCUUUUUUUUCUUUUUAAAUGAUAUGCCAAGAUGUAUCCUCAGCUCUCCUCAAAGAUGCCAGUCAUUAGGUUCUUCUUGGAGACUUCAUUUUAAUGCUUUUGCCUCUUUAAAGAUUGUACCAAAUGCAGGGCUUAGAACUUUAACAGGAAUCUGAGGAAACACAGCUGUCCACAGGAAGCACACUGGCUAUUCAUUACGCCUGGGACCCAGCUCCUGACUUGAGCCCUCUUCUAUCUUACUUGUCAUUUCUUAGAACGCCCUUAUGUCUCCUGGGUUCCAGGGUGCUACUUUCAUGACUGCAGUUUCCCAUUUGAUCAUUAUGUCUGUCCUUCAUAGCUUCUGGGGCUGGGUGGGAUGUCCCAGCUGAAUCAGAAAUGGAUCUGUUUGAUUCUUUCUCUGCUCCUGUACUUUGAUUAGCUACAGUGUCAGGCACUUUUCAGUGCCUCUCUUCAUGCUGUUCUGGGCGUCACUGCUGGCUGUUGAAAUCCUCUAUCUUCUCAUCUCGAACCUGUCUGUAACCUGUAAUUUGUCUCUUGAAGUCUUAAGAUCUUCAUCUCAAAUGAUAGAGUGUUUUCUAUUCACAGUGACAGAUAGCAAGUGAGCCCUUUCAGUAUAGUGAAUUGCAAGAAGUUUUUAUUUACUGCUAUUGUAUUAGGACUAACCCGAACCCUUGGCAACUUCUGGUUGGAUGUUGGGUUUCUUUCCUGGAAUGUGCCUUUGAUUUAAUUAUAUUUUUUUAUUUAACCUUUUCACAUUAAUUUCUAGUAUUUUUUUCUGAUAUGUUGGAGAUGCUGGGAUUGACAGGGUCUCGAACAUGCUAGACAUGUACUCUGUUAUUGAGGCAUGCCUCCAGCCCUCUUCUGGUCUAUACAUCUAUAUGUGAUUUGUGUAAGCAUAAUAAAAACAUAAAAGAAAAUA